UGUAAAGCAGUUCCAUUACGAUUUAAUUUGUCCGUUACGCUGUUUUACUUCUUGUAUUUAGGCACUGAGUGCUGUGCAGCGUUCACCAGCGCGCAUAUCAUAGACGUAUCUAGCCACUGCGCGAGCUGUUGGUGUCUACUUCCUGAAUUCAGAGCAACAGAUGAGAGAGGCAGUUCGGCAGGACUCCACCAAGGUUUUUGUUUUCUGAUAAAAACACGAUAAACCUCGGCUUGUAAGUCCAGCGUCGUCGGCUCGCUUCGAGGAGUGUCGGCUCUCUGCCACGAUGGUGGAGACUCUAGCUGGGUGUAUGUUUGAGGACAUCCAGUAUGCAGAUAUCCAAGUAGAAGCGGCUGUUGGCAGAGGGACUUUUGGGGUUGUGUUCAAAGCUGUGUGGAAAGGAAAGGAUGUAGCAAUCAAGACCAUUGAGAGUGACAAUGAACGGAAUGCUUUCCUUGUUGAGCUCCGCCAGCUCUCCCGAGUGAAUCAUCCCAACAUUGUUAAACUCUAUGGCUUCUGUGACAAUCCAGUCUGUCUGGUCAUGGAGUAUGCAGAAUGUGGAUCUUUAUAUAACCUUCUGCAUGGUGCAGAGCCACAGCCCUACUAUACAGCAUCCCAUGCAAUGAGCUGGUGUCUGCAGUGUGCCCAGGGAGUUGCCUAUCUACAUGCUAUGAAGCCAAAGGCUUUAAUUCAUAGGGACCUCAAACCACCAAAUCUACUGCUUGUGGCUCGUGGUACUGUGCUGAAGAUAUGCGACUUUGGAACAGCUUGUGAUAUUCAGACCUACAUGACCAAUAAUAAAGGAAGUGCAGCCUGGAUGGCACCAGAAGUAUUUGAAGGCAGUAACUACAGUGAAAAGUGUGAUGUGUUCAGCUGGGGGAUUAUCCUGUGGGAGGUCAUCACACGCAAGAAACCCUUUGACGAGAUUGGUGGUUCUGCAUUUUGCAUAAUGUGGGCUGUCCAUAGAGGUACUCGACCUCCUCUGAUCAAAGACCUUCCAGAACCCAUAGAGACUCUGAUGACACGCUGCUGGGACAAAGAACCCAGCCAGAGGCCGUCAAUGAAUGAGGUCAAAAACACUAUGAAUCAUCUAAUGAAGUACUUUCCAGGUUCAGAUGAACCACUGGAUCUUCCUCAUCAGUCGUCAGCCAGCAGAAGUGGCUCUUCGUCAGCCACAAGCACUGACUCGUAUGCUGACUGCACUAUCAACUGUAGCCGGAGUGAUGACGACACAGAACACAUAAACUCAGUUGGCAGAGAGGAAACCCUGAAAGGUGUCGAGUCCAAAUUUCCACUUCAGUUCAAGCCCUCAAAGAGUCCUGCAUUGCGUCCUGGUCUGUCCAGGAUCCCAGGUGUGGACACUCAACCAGGACCUUCCCAAAACCCAAACCACUUGAGCAGUUCUCCAAUCAACUCUAGCCAGUCAGAACUGAGGAUAUGGAGCUCCACAGCUACCAAUGGAGUAGAUGGCUAUCUGAAACUGGAUUAUCAGCUGCAGCCUCUGGCUCCUUGUCCAAACUCCAAAGAGUCCAUGGCUGUGUUUGAGCAGCAUAUCAGGAUGGCUCAGGAGUACCUCAAAGUCCAGUCAGAGAUUGCUCUUCUUGUUCGGAGAAAGAAGGAGCUAACGACCGAGCUGGAGCAGGAUGAAAUGGAGCAGCAGACCUCGUUUCGACUCAUCCAAGAGCGCAGCAAUCUGCUGGAGGACAACAGCAGCCUAUCAGCCUACUGCCAGGGCCUGAAGAGUAAACUGAGCCUGAUGAAGAGCCAGAACUAGCAGCACAGCUGGAACAAAAUGAUGGGCUGCACCAAGCAGUCCACAUCACUGUUGUUUUGACUGUAAUCGCUCCCCUUUUGAAAGAAGAGAACAAUCACUGGCAGGAAAGCCCGUUAUCUUAGAAAAUAAGACUCUGCUAACUACAUAAGGUAGAUCAAGAUAAUGUUAAAGUGAAAGUUGUUAAUUUGGAAUUAAAGCAUUUAAAGUCCAGCUGAAUUAUAAGUUGAUAUUCUUUGUUAAUGAACUACACUGUGUGCACAAUUAUUAGGCAAGUUGUAUUUUUGAGGAUUAAUUUUAUUAUUGAACAACUCCAGUGCUCUCGGUCAAUCCAAAAUGUUCAUGAACCUAAACCUGCAUGUUUAAGAAAGUAAAAGUGAGGUUUUGUCUUUCAUAAGAGAAUAUAUAUAAGCACAAUUAUUAGGCAACUAUUAGUGUGCAGAAUUAUUAUGCAACUAAAUGAAAAAACGAACAUUUCACCUGUUUAUUUUUGUCUGUUAAAGUGAGAAUAAUGAAACAACUCAGAAUUUACAGAUAUACAUUUCUGACAUGUCCAAAAAAAAAAAUCAGGGACCAAUAUAGCCACCCUUCUUUUCAAUAACUGUCACAAGCCUUCGAUUCAUGGAGUCUGUCAAUGUCUUGAUCUGUUGACGAUCAACUUUUUGUGCAGCAGCGGUGUACAGGGCCCACAGGUUCUCAUUGGGGUUAGGUCAGGUGAGGAAGGGGGCCAUGUCAUUAUUUUUUCAUCUUUAAGGCUUUUACUGGCUAGCCAUGCAGUGGAGUAUUUCGAUGCAUGCCAUGGAGCAUUGUCCUACAUAAAAAUCAUGAUCUUCUUGAAAGAUGCAGACUUUUUCCUGUACCACUGCUUGAAAAAAAGUGUCUUCUAAAAACUGGCAGUAGGUUUUUAAUAAUUUAAUAAUAACAGCCCAUUCCAGUACCCCACCUCCACCUUGCUGGCGUGGAGGUGGGGUACUGGAGCUGUGUCCGUUACUGAUCCAGCCACAGGCCCAUCCAUCUGGUCCAUCAAGAGUCACUCUCAUCUCAUCAGUCCAUAAAACCUUUUGAAAAAUCUGUCUUCAGAUAUUUCUUGGCCCAGUCUUGAUGUUUCAACUUGUGUAUUUUGUUCAUUGGUGGUCGGGUUUCGGCCUUCCUUACCUUGGCCAUGUCUGUAAGCACUGAACACCUUGUACUUCCGGACACUCUGGGUAGGUUGCAGUUCUGGAAUAUGGCAGCACUGGAGGAUAAUGGGUUCCUGGUAGCUUCAUGUUUGAUUCUUCUCAAAUCUUUGGCAGUUAAUUUGCGGGGGGGGGGUUCUCAAUACAUGUCCCUGUUUGCUAUUUGCAACAAAACGUUUGAUGGUUCUGUGGUCACGCCCCAAUAUCUUAGCAAUUUCAAGAGUGCUGCAUCCCUCUGAAAGACUUGACAAUUUUUGACUUUUCAGAGUCCUUUAAAUCUCUUUUUUGGUCCAUUUUACCUGAGGAAGAGAAGCUGCCUAAAAGUUAUGCACACCUUUAUAUAGAGUGUUGAUCUCCUUAGGCCACAGCCUCACUCAUUACGCAAAUACACAUCACCUGAUAUGCUUAAAUCCAAUAAGCACUCAAGUCUAUACAGCUUGAAGUUGAAAAUUAUGCAUAAAAAUUAUGAUAUGGCCAAACUACUCUCUUGCAUAAUAAUUGUGCAUGCAGUGUAUAGAUCUAUGAUGUCAUGUGUAACAUCCUUUGAGCCAAGCUGCUUUGAAGGAUCCCGGUAUUCCCGUGUCUUAUAAGAUGCUUUUGGACCACAGGAACUUUUUCAUAGUUGCAGUAACUGUUUUACGGAGUUUACAGAGGCCAAAUGGCCCCCAUGUUAUGGGGCAGUCUCUGUUACUGAGUGUUAUGAAUGUACAUUCAUUUUCAUAUUUACAUUUUGUCAGAGCUGAAAUGUCCCAGACUUUGAUAUGCAAAUGUGUUUUUUAGAGGUUGUUAAUAUUAACACCCUCUUUAUGAGCACAUAUGAUUAUUUUGAAACAAGAUGUUAUUUCACUUCAUAUCUUUUAGAUUAAAAAGACAUUUUAAUGAAACUUUUUUUGGAAAUGUUUUAAUUAUUUUAUUUUUUCCCCAAUGUAUUAUUUUCAUGUACAUGUUUUAAUUAGUUAUUUUGGGGGGGUAAAAACCACACAGGUAACAGGAUGGACACAGAUGAAACAUGGUGGACAGGACAUAACGGGUGACAUCAUAUCAGUAUGAAAGCUUGCUCAACCUUUACUGAACCAGCGGGAACAUAAGAUUUUGAUUCAAUUUCAUGGCUAGGGCUUAGCACACACAGAAAUCCAUCGCUUAUAUUGACUUUUUACACAUUACGGCCAUUCUGCAACUUGUGGUGAAUCAAUGUCCAGAGCUUAUGUGUAUUGCACACUCCACUUUUGCAAAUAGUCCUGCGACUGACUGUGACAGUUCACGUUACAGGAGGAAACCUUUCUGCAAACAGUUGGGGUCUGACUUCGACUGACUGCAGUCGCUCUCAGAGAGAGAUUGUUGAAGGUUAUAAAUACAGAGUGCCAACAAUUUGCUUUGUCAAUAAACACAACUUGAGGAGACUUGACAAAACUUUCUAAUGGUUUUAUUCCUAUAGAGCAAGGUUGCUGGGGGCAAAUGUAAUAGUUAAAUAUGAAUUUCUAAGUAUACAGGAAUUCAUAUUUGAUUUUUUUUUUAUCACAGUAAAAUGCUGUAUUACCAGAAACAGAUUUUGUGUAACUGACAACCAAUAAUAAAAAUUAUCAUAAACACAAAUAUAUUAUCAAUGAGGAAAAAUAUAAAAAAUGCCAGUGUAUUUUAUUUGAAUUCAUUAUGAAUAUCAUACAAAUCUUUAAAAAAUCUACAGUCUUCUUUUAUCCCGAGCAUUUCAGGCAGUCUUGCUGUGUAUCUCAAUCCACAUGUGUGUAUUUACAUGUCUACGUUUUUGUGUGCAUACAGAAUUCUUUGUGCGCGUGUUUCAAUUUGUGUGUGUGUAAAAGAUGAGAUUUGUGUGCGUAUUCUAAUUUGUCUGUGUUUAAUCAAAUUCAAGUAUUCCAGUCUGUGUGUAAUAAGAUGUAAAAUGUGUAAAUAAAUCUGUAAGUGCAAGAGAUAUCAA